AUGUCCGGUACAAAGCGCCCCCGCAGCAUAUCCCCCCCGUCCUCCGAAGCAUCAGACGACAUAUCCCUCCCCUCCCCACCGUCCUCACCCUCCACGCCCCCGCCAAAGAUAUACCACCGCGAAGCAGACCCCUCCUCCUUCGCCUUCUCUUGCUCCCUCCCGCCAACAUGCCACCUCGCGCCGACAUACUACGCCACAUUGGCCGAACUAGAACGUCAUGAAGAGAUAUUCCAUCGAUGGGUGUGCCGGGCGAGCGUACGUGAUCGAGAUCGGGAAGCGUAUUCCGCCUCCACCUCGGAUGCACUUGGCUCGGGGUCGGGAAGCGCGAGGGAAGAGUCCGAGGUGCCGGAGAGCUUUGUGAGGCAAGUGGGCAGUAAGAGGUGGAAGGAGUGUCUCAAGGUUUUCCCGGAAGAGCGGCUUUUACAGCUUCACGGCACCGAGACACACGAUCCCAUAGUCAAAGAACGCCAAAAGAACGGCGAGAAAGUUUUCGAAUGCUUUCUCCCUCCCGAGCAGUGCGGCAAGACAUUCUCGACGCCCAAAACUCGAAGACUACAUAUGAUCAGCAAACACAAAUACCCGGUUCAGUAUUUCUGGAGUAUCACCAACCACGGUAUCAACGAGAUAGCCCGUCAAGACGGCCUCGCCAUAUCCCUCAUCCGCCCACGGACGGAUAUCCACCCCUCCCUAUCCCCCACUUCUAAGCUUACCUCGCAUCAUCGUCAACCACGGCUCCCUCCCCAAUCUCCUCCUCAGCCCCAGCGCCAACAUUCUUCCGCCUCGUCGCCUGCUUCGGCUUCGGGCAACUUUGACUUUGGAGGUGGCUCGAAAGCUGGAGGGGGUGGAUCGGGAGAAACGGGAGGGGGGAGAGAGGGGGGGCUGGAUUUGGUGAUGGAUGAUCUGACAGCAGCCAUGGGCGGGCUAGAGUCGAGUCUUUCGUUCGUACCGCGUAACGUCCGGAAGGGUCGACGGGGCGUCAAGCUUGGUGGGAUGGAUAUUGGAUAG